GCUCAGCCAAAUGCCAAGACAUUGUUGAAAAGUGAAAGAAGAUUGCAAGGGAUGAUGUUAGGGGUGUCGUGAUUUGAUAUAAAGGAAGACGGUGCUUCCACCGCGAGAGAGGGAAAAAGAAAUUUCAUAAUUCAGAAAAUGACCCUUCCAUUUUCCCCAACAACAACAGAUUCAAAAUUUCAAGUCGUCAAUUACCGCAAGCACUGCCCAUCAAAAUUUUUAUUUCUUUCUUUUUUGGGUAAACUGGUUGUCAAUUGUCAUGAUACCAGUCAGUCAUACGCUGGGUCACCAAGGACCAAGGACCAAGGACCAAGGACCAAAGGUCCAACGCGCUAAGAAACGAAGCGAGAGCUGGAAAACCGGUGGGAGGGAAACGAGAGGCGGAGCUGUGAUUUCGAUUUUCGAAGCUGUCUGAGCUCAACAUUGCAAAUUACCCUUUUGGCAAAUUGCCUUAUAAACUCGACCCCACGAGGCCACGGCCAUUCUCCCAAAGCAGGAGAGAGAAACGCGUUCUGGGCUCCCCCAGACAGAGGAAGGAUCUCCUGCUUUCUUCUUCUCUCUGGGUCUGAGAACGCCAACGGGCUCGCCGGUUACCCCUCCAUUGUUCCCAGUUAUAUAAGAAGAUUCCAAGAUGGUCACGAAGGCUUUUAGUGUGGAUUUGAAUAAGCCUCUUGUUUUCCAGGUUGGCCAUCUUGGACAAGAAUACCAACGAUGGGUUCACCAACCUAUUGUCAGCAAGGAAGGCCCCCGAUUUUUCGCAAGUGACCUCUUGGAGUCCUUGACCCGCACAGUUUGGUGGGUGGUUCCUCUCGUUUGGUUGCCAGUGGUAUGUUGGUUUGUUUCAUUGUCCGUGCGAAUGGGCCUCACUCCUCCUCAAGUAGCUGGGACUGUUGGUGGUGGCAUCUUGAUGUGGACAUUUCUGGAGUACACUUUGCACCGCUUCCUUUUCCACAUUAAAACAAAAAGUUAUUGGGCAAACACCCUACACUAUCUUCUGCAUGGCUGCCAUCACAAGCACCCUAUGGAUGGAUUACGGCUUGUGUUCCCUCCUGCUGCAACAGCUAUUUUGUCUGUACCGUUGUGGACUGUGAUUAAGCUUUUAUCACCUCCAUCGUUUGCUCCUGCUUUGUUUGCUGGGGGCUUGUUGGGAUAUGUGAUGUACGAUCUCACCCAUUACUACCUGCACCAUGGGAAGCCAUCUGAGGGAGUUUCUCAAAAUCGAAAGAGAUAUCACUUGAACCAUCACUUCAAAGUUCAUAACAAAGGUUUCGGGAUCACUUCGUCCAUGUGGGACAUCGUGUUUGGAACAAUUCCUCAAUCAAAAGCAGCUGAGAAAAGUAGGUGAUUUUGCAGGAGAUGUGUAUAAAGUUAUCCAUCAGGUUUCCAAGGAGUUGAUCAUGGUGUUCAUCAUUCCUGGCUUACGAGGGUGCAUGUGCUUUCUAUCAUUGUGGGCCUGUUGAUUGUAACAUAUAUUUAUGAUGCUUUUCUUUCAUAUUUUUUAAUUUUUUUUAAAAUUUAAUCUUUAUAAGUUCAUUAAAA